UGGUUGGCUGGUUGGCUGGUUGCCUUCCUUGGUUUCCUCCUCGUCGUCUUCUUCUUGGUCUACUUGCCCGGAGUAUUGGUCGGCGGCGACCCUCCUCCUCCUCCUCCUCCUCUCUCUGCAUACAUACAUCAUACGUAUAUGCUCUUACUCCGCCGCCUCCGCCUCCCGCUGUCACGCCCUCUUAUCUCCUCCUCAGCCUCCGGUUCUUCCUCCUGUUGGUCGAGUACAAGGAGAGGGAGAGGAGCCAUGGCUUCGUCUUCUUCUUCCUCCGCCGCGGUCGUCGCGGAGGGCUCGGCCGCCCGCCGCUUCUGGAUCGCCGCCUCCACCCGUGAGGCAGCCUUCGCCGCCUACACGCCCUUCCUCCUAUCCCUCACCGCCGGCAACCUCCGCCUCGACUCCUUCCGACACUACAUCGCGCAGGACGCCCACUUCCUCCACGCCUUCGCACGCGCCUACGAGAUGGCCGAGGAGUGCGCCGACGACGACGACGAAAGGGCCACCAUCGCCGCCCUCAGGAAGGCCGUCCUCCAAGAGCUCAACCUCCACGCUUCCGUACUCCAGGAGUGGGGAGUUAAUCCUACCGAAGAGAUCCCUCCAAGUCUAGCAACAACCAAGUACACUGAUUUCUUACUUGCAACUGCAGCUGGAAAAGUUGAUGGCACGAAAGGUUCUGACAAAAUGGUCACACCAUUUGAGAAGACUAAAAUUGCUGCAUAUACUGUUGGGGCCAUGGCUCCAUGCAUGAGGCUUUAUGCGUAUCUGGGCAAAGAACUCACGGAGUUCCUUAAACAAAAUGAAAAUCACCCAUACAAGAAAUGGAUUAACACGUAUGGCUCCAGUGAUUUUGAGGACAAUGCACUCCAAAUAGAAGAGUUACUAGACAAACUAAGUGUCUCAUUAACUGGUGAGGAGCUUGAGAUUAUUGGGAAGCUCUACCAACAAGCUAUGAGACUGGAAGUGGAGUUUUUUUCUGCUCAGCAUGUAGACCAACCUGUUGUAGCUCCACUUUCAAAAUACUGUGAUCCAAAAUACAAACUCUUGGUCUUCUCAGAUUUUGACUUGACAUGCACUAUUGUUGAUUCUUCAGCCAUUUUGGCGGAGAUCGCAAUUUUGUCAUACCAAAAGCCUAGUCAAAAUGGGACUGAUAAUACCCUCAACCGUACGAAGUCAGCAGACUUGAGAAAUUCGUGGAACAUCCUCUCUAAGCAAUACAUGGAAGAGUAUGAGGAAUGCAUGGAAAGACUACUUCCUUCAGAAGAAGCAAGGUCACUAGAUUAUGAUCAAUUGUACAAAGGUCUGGAGGUGCUAGCAGAGUUUGAGAAACUUGCAAAUUCUAGGGUUGUCGACUCUGGUGUCCUAAGGGGAAUGAAUUUGGAAGACAUCAGAAAAGCUGGGGAGCGGCUUAUUCUUCAAGAUGGCUGUAGAGAUUUCUUUCAGAAGAUUGGAAAAACAAGGGAGAGCCUCAAUUUAGAUAUUCAUAUUCUUUCCUAUUGCUGGUGUGCAGAACUUAUAAGGUCAGCCUUUUCAUCAGUUGGUUGUCUAGAUGGGCUGAACAUACAUUCCAACGAGUUUGCCUUUGAGGGAUCUGUUUCAACUGGUCAGAUUGAAAGAAAAAUGCAGUCUCCACUAGACAAAGUUGAAAAGUUCAAGAGCAUUAAACGUGACACAGACAAUACAACGCCAUUACUGACUGUUUAUAUUGGAGACUCGGUUGGCGAUUUGCUUUGCUUAUUGGAGGCAGAUAUUGGUAUUGUUGUUGGAUCAAGCACAACCUUGCGGAGAGUGGGCAAACAGUUUGGUGUUUCCUUUGUCCCGUUGUUCCCUGGUUUGGUAGACAAGCAGAGGCAAUUAACAGAGCAAGAAGCAUACGUGUUCAAGGCACGGGCUGGAGUUCUUUAUACGGUUUCUAGCUGGUCAGAGAUACAUGCUUUUAUUCUGGGAAAUGAUUUCAGCUGAUUGAUGCUGAUCUUUUCUCCAUUGUUCCUUGAGAUGCAAGACCUUUACCAGUUCAUGCACAUGAUACGUGAAUCCCCAAUGUGGUCAUUUUAUGAAAGCCACAUGUCAAUUCUCUCUUCUGUAUGAAUGAAUACCUUGUGCUGUGCAAUGGCUUUGUAUGAUCAAUGUUUCAUUGAUUUACACUCGACGUCUUUCCAUUUGGGACCAUUUCUUCUAAUUUCCGGAGUGGUUCCUGGCAUUGCAACUAAUAGAGUGGAGUGGUACGGUAUUCGCAAGUGUAACAACUUAGAGAUGUUUUCAGUUGGCAAUAAAAUUUGAGAUUGCUUGCUAUGUGUAGCAAGUGUA